AUGAUUGAUGAUGUUAUUCGUUCAAAUCCAGAUUACUUACCCCGUCAAAUAUGUAAAGACUUUCGUCGACAAUACGGAAUGCAAUUGAAUUAUUGUCAAGCAUGGAACUUGAAAGAGAAGGCUAAAGAACGAAUUCAUGGUGUGCCGCAAUGUUCAUAUAAGUUGUUACCUUGGUUAUGUACAAGGCUUAUUGAAACAAAUCCAGGGACGAUUGCUGAAUAUAGAUGUUCGGAUGAUGGUCAUUUUAUGCAAUUGUUUGUUGUCCUUUCAGUGUCAAUAAAUGGGUUUCAACUGGGAUGUCGGCCUAUUAUAUCAAUAGAUUCAUCCCACAUGAGUGGGCCAUACAAGGGUGCUUUAUUUUCAGCUUCUUCCUAUGAUGCUGACAAUGACAUGUUUCCACUUGCUUAUGGCUUAUUUAGCUCUGAGAAUUACGAGGAUUGGCUUUGGUUUUUAGAGAAAUUGAAGAUGGUCAUAGGUGAAAGAGAUGUUAUAAUAAUAUCUGAUAGGCACCAAGGGAUUAUCCGUAGUGUUUCAGAGGUAUUUGGUAGUGAAAACCAUGCACAUUGCUAUCGUCACAUUAAAGAAAACUUCAGUAGCUUUCUAACAAAGCUGAACACUAAAGGGAGGAAAGGAAAGGAAAAUGUUUUGCAAAUGCUUGAUUCUAUCGCCUAUGCUAGGUUAGAUUGUGAUUAUGAGGUUGCAAUGGAUACUUUAAGGACAUUUAAUCAUGAUUUGGCGAAAUGGGUUGAAGAAAAUAACCCUCAACAUUGGGCAAUCUCUAAAUUUAAGAAGAUGCGUUGGGAUAAGAUGACAACUAUACGACGAAUGAGGUUUGAUGUAUCUGAUUAUGUUGAUGACUGGUAUAAGUACAAUUUGCAAGAGAAGAUAUACUCUGGAAGCAUGCGUACUUUGGUAACGCAUGACAUGCCAAUGAUUGAUGAAGAUGGAACCGUUCAUGAUGCCUUGGGUCAUACUUAUCCCUUUCUUAAUCCUCCAACCACAAAGCGACCUCCUGGAAGACCUAGGAAACGUCGAAUCGAGUCUCAAUUCAUGUAA